UCGGGUAGAANUGAUGUGGAAGCAAUACCGAUGACGUACAAGGAUGUGAUGUGUUCCAAGUACAAGGUUUUCUGGGAGGCGGCCAUGAAGAAAGAGAUAGAUGACCACGACAAGACUGGAACCUUUACCAAGGUCAAGGAGCUGCCCGACGGGCGGAAGGCCAUCGGUUCAAAGUGGGUGUUCUCUUGGAAGACGAAUGAGAAGGGCCUGAUAGUCGACUUCAAGGCCCGUAUGGUUGCGCGGGGUUUCUCUGAAAUCCCCGGCAUCGACUUCCACCACUCAUCCUCAGCGAGCCCGUCUGCAGCGUCUAUCAAGACGGUGAUUGCCGUAGCCACUGAAAAGGGCAAGAAACUCGCUCACUGGGACGUGAAGCAAGCGUACAUCCACGCUAAGCUAAAAAACGAAAUAUACCUCAGGUUCCCGGAAGGCUGUGGUAGCAUGUCCGGCAAGGUGGUCAAGGUUGAGCGUGCCCUGUAUGGCCUAAAGCAGAGUGGCCGUGAGUGAGGGUUUGAAGCUGCCGAUGCCCUCAUCGAGUAUGGAUACGAGCAGUGCAGGGUUGACCCAUGUGUCGUCCGGAAGGUGGUGGAUGGAGAGGUCGUAGGUCUCAUCGUGAUCUACGUUGAUGACAUCUUUGUGGCGGCAGACGAGGGAGAGCGAGAGG